CUUUCAGCAACCAUGGGUAUCUCACGAGACUCUAUGCACAAGAGGCGUGCCACUGGUGGCAAGAAGAAAGCGUGGAGGAAGAAGCGAAAGUAUGAACUUGGCCGCCAGCCUGCUAAUACAAAGCUCUCAAAUAACAAGACAGUCAGACGAAUUCGUGUGCGUGGUGGUAAUGUAAAGUGGAGGGCACUGAGAUUGGAUACAGGAAAUUACUCAUGGGGUAGUGAGGCAGUCACACGUAAAACUCGUAUCCUUGAUGUGGUUUAUAAUGCCUCAAACAAUGAACUUGUUCGUACACAAACACUGGUCAAGAGUGCAAUUAUUCAAGUUGAUGCUGCACCAUUUAAACAAUGGUACCUCCAGCAUUAUGGUGCUGACAUUGGUAGGAAGAAGAAGGGUCCCGCUAAGAAGGAAACUACUGAGGAAGGAGGAGGUGCUGCUGCUGCUGCCGAGGAAACUAAGAAGAGCAACCAUGUUCAGAGGAAAAUUGAGAAUCGUCAAAAGGACCGUACACUUGAUCCUCACCUUGAAGAGCAAUUUGGUGGUGGUAGGCUUUUGGCCUGCAUCUCUUCCCGCCCUGGUCAAUGUGGCAGAUGUGAUGGGUACAUUUUGGAGGGAAAAGAGCUUGAGUUCUACACGAAGAAACUACAGAAGAAGAAAGGCAAGAGUGGAGCUGGUGCUGCUGCUUAACUGGUGCUACCAGAAUCUUCAGACUAGUUUCAUAUUGUUGUAAUUCCAAUUUUGGGGAUAUGUGAUUCUGUAUGCAGUACCUUUUAUUUUCUUUCUUGUACUCUUACCAAAGACUACUUUUCUUUAUAAUUAUCAGCUUUUCCA